AUGAACAGUCAUGACGCUAGAUACCGCCGCACCGCGUCCUUUCUGGUGCUCCUAGCUACUAGCUCCUUGUGCACCGAGAACGUGACUGCCUUUGGCAUUGUUGCUCCAAACGGCAAGUCUGCCACCACCAAGUCCAAGUCGGCUCUGGAAAUCUCGACUGCCAUUCCCCAUCCUCUGGCACAACCAGUCGAUGGACUGUCUUUGGCGGAUCGAUUGUUCCGAGGAGACUUGGCCGUCCUUCCCGACAGCAGCCAGGAGGAAGCUUCUCGUCAACAACAACCCAAGAAGAAGAAGAAGAUUCGUGCCGUGGCGCCCCUUGUUCUGGACGAAGAGGAAGUCUUGCGGCGCAAACUGGAAUGGGCGGGACGUUACACCAGCGUGGAAGCAUUGCGCGAAACCUUUGGCGGCAAUCAGAACAAGCUUUGGGGAGAUCUUCAGGCGUCCACGGCCCGACGCCUCUACAAGACACUACUACCGAGUGCGUUACUGGAGCUUUCUCAAUUGGGCGUUGGUCAGUUGCAACCACAAGACCUAGCUCCACUGGCGUACCAAGCUCGUGUGGCGGCCAAGUUGUAUGCCCGUGAACGAUGCACGGUUCCCGCCAGACUUGCGGCCACGCUCUUUGAUGGGUUCCGACAAUGGCUCAAGUACGGCAAGUUCCAAGCACAUGGCAUGACAUAUGAUCAGGUGUGGCAGAAGUAUGCGGAAAAGAUUUGCCACGAGACGGAACAACACCCCAAAGAUGCCGAACAAGAUGUCUGUCUAAAGAUUCUAGAGCGGUCCUGUGUGUCCAAUUCAGGGGUCGAUGCGCUGGUUCUCAAGAAAGACGACGAUAACAAUGAAGCGGACACGGACGACGACGACGAACAGCGACAACAACGCCUCCUCGAACGCAUUCAUGCACAAUUGGAACAAGACAUGUACCAACUAUUGCUGCCGCACAAUGUAGUGGUGCCUUCCAACAACAAGAAUACGACUAGCCCCAAGAAGCAUCCCUGGUCCCGACGCAACCAUGUCUUGAUGGUCCGCUUGUUGGCACGGCAGCGUCGCUUGGAGGCAAGACGACAACAACAAGAAGCAAAGAACCACACGAACGUUUUGCAACCCUAA